CAAAACAUAACAUAACCAAAGUUUUAAAAAUUUCUGUGCUUGGUAAUUAUUUUGUUAAUCGGUGCAUAUAAAAAAAUUCAAACGGCAUUGAGUCGUGUGAAAAUGGCAAUGAAUUCUGCACAAGUGAAGGCUCAACAAAUGCAGUCAAGUAUGAAUAAAGGAAAUGCCAGUGCACCCGGUACUAUGAACUCAAACGGUACAGGAUGGCCAAAAAGAAGAGCCUCUGAUAGCUAUACCCCUUCAGUUACAACAGCAAUCAAUAAAAUCGUCAAUUUGUAUCCUCUUACUAACUACACAUUCGGUACGAAAGAACCUCAAUUUGAAAAAGAUCCAAGUGUACCUGCAAGAUUUCAGAGAAUGAGAGAUGAAUUUGUAAAAAUAGGUAUGCGAAGGAGUGUCGAAGGAGUUUUAUUAGUUCAUGAGCAUUCUUUACCUCAUGUUCUGCUCCUACAACUGGGCACAACAUUUUUUAAACUACCUGGCGGUGAACUAAAUCCUGGGGAAGAUGAAAUUGAAGGACUGAAAAGAUUACUAACUGAGACUUUCGGCAGGAGCGAUGGUCCAAAACAGGAAUGGCUGGUUGAAGACAUCAUUGGUAACUGGUGGAGGCCAAACUUCGAACCACCUCAAUAUCCAUAUAUUCCUCCACAUAUCACCAAACCCAAGGAACACAAGCGUUUAUUCCUAGUUCAACUUCAAGAUAAAGCUCUUUUUGCUGUACCGAAAAAUUAUAAACUUGUAGCGGCGCCACUUUUCGAGCUUCAUGACAAUUCCCAAGGAUAUGGACCAAUUAUAUCAACAUUGCCACAGGCACUCUGCAGGUUCCAAUUCAAUUAUAUGUAGAAUUUAACAGAGACUGUGUAUAUGGAGCGAAUAACAAGAAAACGGUGGAAAUCAUACAUGGAAUAUGAAGAUACAAUAUAUAGACAUAGGUACAUAAGGAUAAACUUAAUUUCUGAUGGAUACCUGUUUCUAAUAAAUUUGUAAUUAUAUAAUAGGCCGUUUUUAAUUCAAACUAUAAUAGAAAGAAUUUUUUGUUCAGAAGGACGUUAGGAAUUCUAAUCCAUAUUGGUAUUUAAAAUGAAUAUAAAUUAUAUUUUUCGCACUCGUGUAUUGAAAUUUUUGAAUUUGAAUUUAUGCAUGAUGAAAGAACUUGGAUAUAGGUUUUGAAGUGAUUAAUUGGAAUUUUUCCAAGAACAAAGAUUUUAUGAUAUAUUAUCAAACGACUUCUUCACGACCUUGUAUCAUAUCACUAAAAUAUAUUUUUUAUAUUUGA